AUGGGCAUCGUCAGCAACCGCCAAAGCGCCGGCGAAUAUGACGAUGAUAUGAAACGUGCGAGAGAUGCGGGCAUCGACGCCUUUGCAUUGAAUAUUGGCACCGACUCGUACAACGACGUUCAGCUAGACUAUGCCUAUGAAUCUGCCGCCAACAAUGGCAUGAAAGUAUUCAUCUCCUUCGACUUCCACUGGUGGCAGGUCAGCCAGAGCAUCGAAGUCGGCGCCAAGAUCGCGCAGUAUGCAGGCCAUCCCGGGCAGCUUCUGGUAGAUGGAAAAGUCUUUGUGUCGUCAUUUGUGGGCGACGGUGUCGAUGUCGGUGCGAUCAGAUCGGCUGCCGGCAGCGAGAUCUUCUUUGCGCCGAAUUUCCACCCCGGUCACGGUGAUUUCGAAAAUAUUGAUGGCGCUCUGAACUGGAUGGGCUGGGAUAGUAAUGGAAACAACAGAGCUCCCAGUGACGGGCAGGAGGUUUCUGUUUCAGAUGGCGAUAAUGUUUAUGAGGAUGCUCUUCAGGGGAAAGCAUACAUUGCGCCCAUCUCGCCUUGGUUCUCGACUCAUUUCGGCAGCGAGGUCUCUUACCCCAAGAACUGGGUGUUCCCUUCUGAUCUCCUCUGGUAUGACCGGUGGAGAGAGAUCCUACGUCUCAGCCCUCGUUUUGUGGAGAUCCUCACUUGGAAUGACUAUGGUGAGUCGCACUAUAUCGGCCCACUAUCGUCACCACACACAGACGACGGUGCUUCGAAAUGGGUGAUGGAUAUGCCCCACACUGGAUGGCUCGACAUGGCAAAGCCUUUCAUCGCCGCCUACAAAGCAGAGUCAAGACUGCCCAUCAGAUUCAUAGAGGAAGAAAAGCUGGUUUACUGGUACCGGCCAACCCCGAAGGACGUCGACUGCGACGCAACCGACACAACAAUGCAAGUUAACCCCAACGACGUCGGCGGCAACUUCACCUGCGGUCGGCCUGACGGCGUCGACACGAUGAAAGACGAAAUUUUCAUCGUCACGAUGCUGAAGUAUCCCGCAACUGUGCGGGUAAAGUCUGGCGAUAAGACUGAGACGUUCAUCGCGGCUCCAGGGAUCUGGUCACACUCGGUGCCGAUGGGCGUGGGCGCGCAGAGUUUCAAAGUCUCUCGCGCCUUCCGGACGGUUCAGGCUCUGUCGGGGACGAGCUUGAGAGAUGUUGUCGACACGUGUGCCUGCGGCAUCUACAACUUCAAUGCUUAUGUGGGCACUCUGCCGGCAGAGUCCAGUGUUGACCGGCUGCAGCCGGAUGGGUUGACUAUGCUAUCCCAGGGGUUGCAGGUGACGCCCCCAAUUAACACUCUGGGUUAA